CCACAAUUUUGCAUUAGUCAAGGCUUUCAUCGUUCAUCUGCUCUGGCUGCCCCAAUCUGAAAAAAGAACAUCUUUUGACUGGAAGUCGAAUCAUCACAGCAUCUUCUCAAUAACUAUCCUAAGACAAUUGGCUAUAGACAUUGAGGGGGUAGUUCGAGCCCAUCGAUCUCAACCAGGUUCCCGACGUCACCUGUGUCGCGUCAGAAAUUUCAAAUUGCUUCAGCACGCUGGCGUGCUCCCUUAAACGCUCAAUAUGGGCCUAUCGAAAUCCACUCGAAUCGGGAUUCUUCUUGGCAUAGACACGGCAUUUUUCCUGCUUGAGAUAACUGUUGGAUAUACGGUCCACUCCCUCGCCCUCAUCGCCGAUGCUUUUCAUAUGCUCAACGAUGUCAUAUCGUUACUGGUCGGAUUGUGGGCGGUAAAAAUUGCCAAUCGCAAGAGCAAUCGCAUGUAUACAUAUGGUUGGCAACGUGCGGAGACACUGGGUGCCUUGGUGAACGGCGUAUUCCUCGUUGCCUUGUGUUUGACGAUUUUCUUGGAAGCAAUCCAGCGCUUUUUCGAACCUCAAGAAAUUUCAAAUCCGAAGCUGGUGCUUAUAGUUGGAUGCGCCGGCCUUGCCUCGAACAUUCUCGGACUUGCUCUUUUCCAUGAUCACGGCCAUGCACAUGGGGGACAUGACGAGCAUGGAGAUUCUCAUGGCGAACACAAUGGUUUGGCUGCUGCCGAAGAGGGACGAAAUGGUGCCCACAUCGAAUCGGAUGAAUCAACCCAGGUUGCGGACGAGUCUGGUAAUGUUGCAGAUGUACUCCCUCAUGCACAAGUUGCUGGAUGGCCACGAACUCAAGAUGGUGACUCCGGCCGCGAGAGAAGCUUCUCUGGGACAGGGUCUGGUCCCACUGUCCGAAACUCUGAUGAGACUGGGUCGACUUUACCUGGUUCAAUGUAUAGAACUAGAAGCGGCAGUCAUCGCAGGACUGGCAGAAGUGGGAGAGGGUCAUGGUCGAGAGCACCUGCGACUGAGGAUGAUAUCCGCGUGCAUCCAGCAGAAUUCCGAAGCGAGAUCCAGCGGACGGCUCGCGAGCUUGAUAUGGAGACACCCACUGAGUCUGAGUGCGACGAGGCAGCUGAAGAUAGCGCACAGGCUACGGAAAGCUCACCGUUGCUUCAAGGGACCAAGAGCGCAAAGCCUUCCAAGCAUGGUAUACAGGAUGGGCAAGCCUCUUGGCAUGUUGGGCACAAGCACACCAAGCCGAAACCCGAAAAGUCAGGCGGCCAUUCUCAUGAUCUCAACAUGAAAGGCGUCUUUCUCCAUGUCCUCGGUGAUGCCCUGGGUAAUGUCGGUGUCAUUGCUUCCGCACUUUUCAUCUGGUUGACGACGUUCUCGUGGCGCUACUACUUUGAUCCACUCAUCUCCCUGGUCAUCACCUGCAUCAUCCUUGGUUCCGCCAUCCCACUGUGCAAAGCAGCCUCUCGCAUUCUCCUUCAGGCUGUUCCGGCAGGCAUCGACGUCGAAGAAAUCAAGCACGACAUUGAACAACUUCCAGGGAUUGUGAGCUGCCAUCACGUCCAUGUGUGGCAACUCAGUUACACCAAACUUAUUGCAUCUCUCCAUGUCCAAGUGGAUUAUGAUGUUAAGAGCGAGGGUUCAGAGAAAUACAUGGAUAUUGCUCGAGCUAUCCGAACCUGUCUGCACGAAUACGGCAUCCAUUCAUCAACGAUUCAGCCUGAAUUCUUGAAUUCUGAGCAUGGCAUGGCCCAAGGCAGGAGCGACGGCAAUGGCACCAAUAAGAAUUAUGGUUACGGUGGCGCAUCUUACGCCGAUGUUGUUCGCCGGCAAGGCAGCAAGCCAGGCAGUCUCCAGGAUGGUGAGGGCGAUGCCUGUUUGCUCAACUGUCCGGACGAAUGUGGGGCGAGGAACCAGUGCUGCGACCCCCAGUCAGACCGUGCGGAGACUGAUGACGAGCACUCGCACUAAUCGCUGGUUUGCUCUCCAAUGAGACAGGUUAACAAAUGCCUUUUGCUUUCUCCUCCUUGUUCUUCUAUUCCUGGUCCCUUUCGUUUUGUAGUAUAGUUUCACUUUAAGGUUUUUGGGCGAGACCUUUGUUCAUCUUUAUCAAAUCGCAAAAAUUAGGUAGGUUCGCGGUUCAGCUGGACCUACACACUAGUUUAAUCUUGAUUUCGAAUCCGCGGCAAAACGUCCCAAGGCUCGCAUUGGGGGAAACGAAAUUUUAUCUAAUAUUUUAUUCCUUACUAAACUUAAAAGAUAUUUGAUUCGUCGUAUGACUGAUUGUGGUGUAAAAGAAAAACACAAAUAUAGAG